ACAUUUGGCAACAAGGAAAAUUUUUUUUUUUCUUCUUUUUUUUUUUUUUUUUUUUUUGGGUGGGUUUCAAAUUCAUAUAGUUUUUCUGGCGCCGGGUUUUCUCUUUGGGAGGGUUUUCGCAACGCUGCUCAAAGUUUAUUGCCAAGCUGCACGGUGGAUCCUAUCUUGAGAAUUUCCUGUAGCUAUGAAACUCCAACAACAAAGAAGCAGAACUUAUUGUGCAGGAGAAACGACAGCGAUGUUCAAUUCGAGGUUUCUGAAUUUUUUGAUGUGUGGAAAAUGUGAAAAAAUCUAGUGGUAUAAACAAGAGUUUUGGAGAUGGACCAAGGUGAUCUUGGGAACAACCCUAAUGCUUCUGCCAGCAUCCCAUUGAAGCGCAAACGUGGUCGUCCACGAAAGUAUCCAAAGCUAAAAUUUGAAGAGGGUGUUCAUAUUCCAAGGAACCAGAAUUUGUACAGGGGAGAGAGUUCUACUGUCCCACCACCUCCUGGAUUUGAAGGGAUAAAUGGAAAUCAGCCCCGUCAAGCUGCUCCAAGUAAUGAUGUACCCGAUGUCAUGGUGGGCAAGGCAGUAUCUGGUGUAAUUGAGGCAGUGUUUGAUGCUGGAUAUUUGCUUAAAGUUAGGGUUGACAACUCUGAUGCAACUUUGAGGGGUGUUGUCUUCAAGAGUGGACGUUGUAUUCCUGUUUCAGAAGCGAAUGAUAUAGCCCCAGAUAUUCAAAUGAUUAGAAGACAUGAAAUCCCCUUCCCUGCUGGAAAUUAUACUCAGUUUCGUGGCCAUAACCCUCGUUCCAAAGAGAGGAAUGAGCAGCAAUUAAAUUCUCAAAGGGACAGAACUCAUACGACUAAGGAAGCACAAAUGUCUGAUCCAGUGCCUAGAGCUGCACCUCAUUAUACUAAUCAUGUGGGCUCAAAAAGCAAACAGGUGCUUUCAACAGCAGCCCAAACAGCUUCUCCAGCAAUUCCUUGGGGCAGUGUGGUACCUGUUCUACUCCAACCUGCUAAUUUGUCAAAUGGAUUAUCACUUGCUGGGGAACCAACUCCUCUUCCAAGGGGCAAUGUGGCAGCCGUAAAAGGAAAACAGAUUCAGGUAGCUUCUCAUCCAUCCAAUGGAUCAGUUUCCACCAGCCAGCUGACAACAGAUGGAAUGCAAGCUUCCCAGCCUCAAACUAACCACCAGCCAAUCUAUGAAGGUUUGCAAUUUGAAAAUGGUAGAUACGCCCAACCCCCAAUAGAGAUGCUGGGUGAUACAGAAGCCAGGUCAAUGAAACUACCUGGCAUGCCUUUUGAGAAAUUAGUAACUGAAGUCAUCAAGAGAAUUCAAGUCCCACCAGAACCUGCAGACACUCAGACAGAUCGCAAGUCAGCUGUUAAGAUGCCAGUGAACGAUUCUGACCGCAGCAUGGAUGUUCAAGAUAAUAAUGUUGAUCAACCCCUUGCUAUUGAACCUCUGCAAUCUGUAGAGCCUGGUGUUCAUAACCAGCCUGAACCAGCUUCGAAACCUGUGGAGAAUGAUAGAACUAGUAAAAUGUCUGAGCUGUUGCAGGUUUUGCAGGAUACCGUGACAGAGAAUCAGGCACCCGAGGAUGGUGAGUCAGCCUCAGCUUCUGGAUUGAAGUCGGAUGAUAUCCUAAGCCCAGAAACCGAGAAUAAAGAGAAAGGAACCGAUGAUUCCAAAACAUGUCCAUGAGCAUAUUUUGUGUUUAUUUUAUUUGUCGUCAUUUGAACAAGUAAUGUGUGCCUGCAGUUUUCACUGCCAAACCUGGAGAAGUGGAUUUUAAUCAAGGUUUGUAAUCUUAAAAUGGAAGAAGGUUGUUAAGGAUCCAUUAUAAGGUGAAAUCCCAUUUAUAAAGUGACUUUUUAAUGGA